AUGCCCGCCAGAUACGCCCAAAAGUUGACCCCAUGCAGUGUUCUGGCAAACUUGAUAUCCUUGUGGAGAGCACCUAAUCAAGUUUCUUUGUUAAACUUCCAGGGCAAGAAGGAGAAGGGAGGUGGAGGUGGGAAAGUGACCGAGUUGAAUCCCUGGCCUGUCUACAUUCAGGAGAGGCUAGCACUUUGGGACCGCCUCAAGAAAGAAGCAGAUGAGGCAUUGGCAGGGAAGGUGUCAGAGCCCAUUCAGGUUACUCUGCCUGAUGGAGCAGUAAAAGAUGGCAAGUCCUGGCAGACCACCCCUUACGAGAUUGCACAGUCCAUCUCUCAAGGCCUUGCAGAAAACACUGUUAUUGCAAAAGUUAAUGGUGUUUUGUGGGAUCUGGACCGGCCCCUUGAAGAAAGUUGCAGUUUACAGCUCCUAAAGUUUGAUAAUGAUGAAGCUAAGCAGGUCUUCUGGCACUCCUCAGCCCAUAUCCUGGGUGAGGCAAUGGAACGUGUGUAUGGAGGCCAUCUGGUUUACGGUCCUCCCAUUGAAGAUGGUUUUUACUAUGACAUGUAUAACGAUGGCCCUGGAGUAAGUUCUAGUGAUUUCUCUGGGAUAGAAGAUGUCAUGAAGAAGAUAACAAAAGAGAAGCAACCAUUUGAAAGACUGGAAAUGAAGAAAUCAGAUUUGCUUGAGAUGUUCAAAUAUAACCAGUUCAAGGUACGCUUGUUAAAUGAGAAAGUGAAGACUGACACCACCACUGUAUACCGAUGUGGACCCCUUAUUGACUUGUGUCGUGGGCCCCAUGUACGUCAUACUGGCAAAGUGAAGGCUUUCACAGUUACUAAGAACUCGGCAUCUUACUGGGAGGGCAACAGUGAAGCAGAGUCCUUGCAGCGUGUGUAUGGCAUCAGCUUCCCCGAUCCUAAAAUGCUGAAAGAGUGGAAACAUUUCCAGGAGGAAGCAGCAAAGAGGGACCACAGGAAAUUAGGUAUUCAACAGAAGCUGUUCUUCUUCCACGAGUUAAGUCCAGGUAGCUGCUUUUUCUCUUCCCGUGGAGCUUACAUCUACAAUACUUUAGUUGAAUUCAUCCGCCAGCAGUACCGCAUUCGGGGAUUCCAGGAAGUUAUUUCACCUAAUGUGUACAACACCAAAUUGUGGCAAACCUCUGGUCACUGGGAGCACUAUGCUGACAACAUGUUUGCUUUUGAGGUUGAAAAGGAGAAGUAUGCACUGAAGCCCAUGAACUGCCCUGGCCAUUGUUUGAUGUUUUCACACACCAGCCGAUCUUGGCGUGAACUACCACUUCGCAUGGCUGACUUUGGUGUUUUGCAUCGUAAUGAACUAUCAGGAGCUCUAACUGGCCUGACUCGUGUGCGGAGAUUCCAGCAAGAUGAUGCCCACAUCUUCUGUACACCUGAGAUGAUCAAGGAUGAAAUCAGUAAUUGUCUGGAGUUUCUUUCUGCUGUUUAUGAAACUUUUGGUUUUGAUUUUGUGCUCAAGCUAUCAACCCGACCAGAAAAGUUUAUGGGCGAGAUUGAAAUGUGGGAUAAAGCAGAAUCACAGCUGAAGGAGUCCUUGGAUAAAUAUGGUAAAGAAUGGAAGCUCAACCCUGGAGAUGGAGCAUUCUAUGGCCCAAAGAUUGAUAUCACUGUGACUGAUGCCCUAAGACGGCAACACCAGUGUGCUACAAUCCAGCUUGAUUUCCAGUUGCCCAACAGAUUUGAUCUACAUUAUGUGUCAGAAUCAGGGGAAAAGAAGAGACCUGUUAUAAUCCAUAGAGCUAUCCUAGGCUCAGUUGAACGAAUGAUUGCCAUCCUCACGGAAUCCUAUGGAGGAAAGUGGCCAUUUUGGCUGUCUCCACGACAGUGCAUGGUGGUGCCUGUAGCUCCACCGUUUGAUGAUUAUGCCAAGUCUGUUAAAAAACAGCUCUAUGAGGCAGGCUUCGAAGCUGAUUAUGAUGUAGAUCCUGGUGAUACUAUGAAUAAGAAGAUUAGGAAUGCUCAACUUGAGCAAUACAAUUUCAUUUUUGUGGUAGGGGAGAAAGAGAAGACCAACAACACUGUCAAUGUGCGCACUCGAGACAACAAGGUACACGGCGAGCAUAGUGUUCCUGAUGUCAUCCAGAAACUUCAGGUUCUCAAACAGAAUCGUGUGCAAAACUGGGAAGAUUCAUUUUAAUUCUCAUGCUAUACCAUUGUUAAUCCAACUUGGUUUCUAGUUUGUGUUUAAUGGGAAGUCGUCAGAAAAUACAAAGAAAUAAUUUAAUAUAUUAUUGUUUUUAUCAGAAUGAUUGAACAGGUACUGGGAAAAUUGCAACUACAUAGUUUAAGCUAUAAGACUACCCUAUUAAAUUACCUUAUGAACUGGACUGGAUUAUGAAUUCACUAAAGGUUCGUGCUUGUACAUCACCUCAGUUUUGCCCAAAAAGCAGUAUAAUGACAGAUGAGAAUCAUACAUUUGCUUCCAUAUUUCCCUGUGAGCUUACAAAUAAAAGUAGAUGAAAUAAUCCAGUUGCUUGUAUCUAUUCUAUGGAGUGUCAGAAGGCCAACGGUGUCAGUCCAAUAACUGUGUUAUAAGGUAAUACUGUCAAUAAACAUGAAUAUUUU